AUUAAGUAACAUAAGUUAAAUAUUAAAGAAAUAAUUAAUUUCAGAAACGAUGGCUGACGAUCUUGAUAUUGAUGCCCUCCUGGAGGCACCCUACAUAAAAUCUGAGGGUGGGAAGAAAGACCGCGACGAUGAUGAAAAAGCCGAAAGAAGAUCUAGUGCUAGAGAUGGAGACAGGAAACGGAGUCGAAGCCGGGACAGGAAAAGAAGUAGAAGUAGGGACAGGAAAAGGAGUAGGAGCAGGGAGAGAAGGAGGAGUAGGAGUAGAGAAAAGAAGAGUAGGAACCGUUCCAGAGAUAGAGGAGAGAGAAGAAGAAGUAGAUCAAGAGACAGAGGAGACAGAGGAAGCAUCCUAGCUCCACUAAACGGAGACGGGAGAAGAUCCACGAGAGAAAAGCGCUCCAGACACCGCUCCAGGGAUAGGUCUAGGGAGAGAAGAGUAGAGGCUAGACUUGGAUCUCCAAUAAGACGUGGAGGUGGAGGGCUUGGUGCCGCCUUCAAGGGACCCAUCUCACCGCUCCGUAACAACGGAAACGUUAACACUGAGUUCCAUAUCCGUAAUGUCCGUAGUUCCAGCGUAGAUCUUCCGUUAACCCCGGAGGAGAGGGAUGCCAGAACUGUGUUCUGUAUGCAACUCAGCGCCAGGUGCAGAGCCAGGGACCUUGAGGACUUCAUGUCCAGUGUUGGAAAGGUCAGGGACGUCAAGCUGAUCGUGUGCAACAAGACGAGAAGGUUUAAGGGGAUUGCGUAUGUGGAGUUCAAGGAUCUGGAAUCUGUUCCACUGGCUAUGGGAUUGUCUGGACAGAAGUUGCUUGGUGUUCCUAUCGUGAUCCAGCCUAGUCAGGCGGAGAAGAACAGAGUUGGGAUGGCCUACUCCGAUCCAAUGAUCCGACCUGAGAAGGGUCCAAUGAAACUUUAUAUUGGAAGUCUUCAUUUCAAUAUCACAGAAGAAAUGUUGAAAGGUAUAUUCGAACCUUUUGGAAGAAUUCAGACAAUCCAGCUUGUGAAGGACCCUGAGACGGACAGGUCCAAGGGGUACGGGUUCAUCAUCUAUAACGAAGCCGAGGACGCUAAGAAGGCUAUGGAGCACUUGAACGGGUUCGAGCUGGCUGGUCGACCAAUGAAGGUCGGUCACGUUACCGAAGCUGGUGUCCCUGUCGGUCAAUUUCAAAGACCCAGUUAUAUGGAUCAAGAUGAUGACCGGGCCGGAUACGACCUGGGAGCUACUGGUAGGCUGGCCCUCAUGGCUAAGCUAGCCGAGGGUACUGGCCUCAAGGUCCCUGAAGCUGCCGCCAGCGCUCUCAGCUUAGCGGCAAGUCAAAAAAAUCCAGCGGCGACCGGUAUAAUGCCACCGAUUGCUACGCAGUGCUUCAUGCUCUCCAACAUGUUUGACCCCGCUACAGAGCGUGAUCCAAGCUGGGAUCUUGAGAUCAAGGAGGAUGUAGUUGAGGAGUGUAACAAGCAUGGAGGAGUUCAGCAUAUAUAUGUAGACAAAGCCAGCAGCCAGGGUAACGUGUAUGUGAAGUGUCCUAGUGUAAACUGUGCUGUAGCAGCAGUUAAUGCCUUGCAUGGAAGAUGGUUUGCAGGUAAAGUGAUUACAGCUGCUUAUGUACCGGUUGUAAAUUAUCACAAUCUGUUCCCGGAUUCAAUUAAUCCAGCACAACUAGUACAAGCCCGUAGGUGAACACCUUCCACCCCUCCGAGCCAGGGAUGUACAACAAGAUCUACUCGAAAAUCUGAACCUGAGAUGAUCUAGACAGAAGAGUUUUUUCCACACUGAAUUUAAUGUAUUUUUUUUAGUAACCCUGUCACCUUCCUCAACUUAAUGACAUCCUAUUUUCCUAUUUCCUUGUUUUAUGUUCAAUUUUUUCCUCAACGUUUUUUCGAGCAUUGCUCUUUAAAGUGACUCUGUAUUCUAGAGCUUGCUUGGCAUUUUAAUUAUAAGAGUCUGUAUAUAAAUGAACACAUGAUUAUUCACCAAAAUAAAAUUUUUCUCUAUAA